UCCUAAUGUGUUGAAUGUUCAACCUAACAUCCUGGCAGCCAAAGAAAUCUUCAGAAAGGAGUUGUUUUUACUCUCCUUAAGAGCUAAGGCUAGAAUUUUAAUCUCACCUUUGAUUUAUGGAUCCAAAAUUUAUUCUAAUUUUUUUGAUUAGGCUAAUUUUUUUUCCAUUUCUUUCUUUGUUUCUUAAGCUCUGUACUUGCACCUGGCUCUGUCCUUUUUUUUUUGGCUUAAAUAAAAUCCUGUACUUGGCAAACUUUUCCUUAUUAUUAGCUUGCUCCAUGCCCAGAUCUGAGCCGGCAGACAAGAUGUCUCUCCACCGGCGUCCCUCGCAAUGGAUUAUUGGCCGAUCGAUUGGGGCUGGAGGUUCAUGAAAGAUGAGCUAGAAACUAUGCAAGCGUUCCUGGUGGCCCCUGAAGUAACCAAGAAAAAAGAUAAACUGGUCAAGGUCUGGGCAAAGCAAGUACGAGAUCUGUCAUAUGACAUUGAAGACUGCCUUGACGAGUUCACAGUACAUGUGGGAAGCCAAAGCUUGUCACAACAGAUGAUGAAGCUGAAAGACCGUCACCGGAUUGCUAUGCAGAUUCGCAAUCUCAAGGCAAGAGUUGAAGAAGUGAGCAAGAGGAACACACGCUACAACUUAAUCAAGACAGAAGCAUCCUACACCAUGGAUGAGGCAGAGUCCUACUUGGAAGAUAUUCGCAACCAUUCGGCUACCAACAUUGAUGAAGCACAACUUGUAGGCUUUGACGAACCCAAGAGAAAGUUGCUUGAGAUGAUACAAGUCCAUGCUGAUGAUGGACAUGCACGUGUGAUCUCUGUGGUUGGCAUAGGCGGUUUGGGUAAAACUACUCUUGCUAGGAAGAUGUAUGAAAGCAAGGAAGACAUUGCAAAGAACUUCUCAUGUUGCGCAUGGAUCACUGUAUCACAAUCAUUUGUGAAGACGGAGCUUCUGAAAAAUAUGAUUCGGCAACUGUUCGGCGAUGAAUCAUCGAAGAAAUUCUUGAAAGAAUUUGAAGAAAAGGGAUUGCAACUAAAUGACCUUGCCAACUAUCUCACACGAGAGCUAAGGGAUAAAAGGUACUUUGUUAUUCUUGAUGACUUGUGGACCAUUGAAGCAUGGAAUUGGAUUAAUGGGAUUGCUUUUCCAAGCAUCAAUAACAAAGGCAGUCGGAUCAUAGUAACAACACGUAAUGCUGCUAUAGCAAUGGAAUGCACUUCCAAUGAAUCUCUUAUCUACCAUCUCAAACCUCUACAUUUAGAUGAUGCCAUAGAGUUGCUACUAAGGAAGUCACGGAAAGAUCACAAAGACCUAGAAAACAAUGAGAAUUUGAGGAACACGGUAACACAUCUGGCAAAUAAAUGUGGUUGUUUACCACUGGCUAUUCUCACAGUUGGAGGCAUCCUUGCUAGAAAGAAGGCAGAGGAGUGGGAGAAAUUUGAUAAGCAACUCCAUUCAGAGGUUGAGAGUAACCCAAGUCUUGAACCUGUGCGAAGGAUAGUAACCCUUAGCUACAGUCAUUUGCCAUCCCAUCUGAAGCCAUGCUUUCUGUACCUAAGCAUUUUUCCUGAGGACUUAGAGAUUAAAAGGAGUCGUUUGGUAGACAGGUGGAUUGCAGAGGGGCUUGUUAUAUCCAAGGUUGGAAUAACAGCUGAGGAAGUUGGAGAAAAUUACUUUCGUGAGCUAAUCAGCCGAAGCAUGAUUCUACCAGCAAGAAUGAAUAUAGAAGGAGUUGUUAAGAGCUGCCGUGUUCAUGAUAUCGUGCGCGAUACAAUAAUCUCGAUAUCCAGAGAGGAGAAUUUUGUUUACUCAACAGAAGAUAAUGUACCUAGAGUAGUAGGGGAGAAAUUCCGUCAUGUGGCAUACCAUCACGAAAGCAGCACAAAUGUUGGAGCGGAUUGGAGCUAUGUCCGAUCAUUAAGUACAUUCGGUAAGAGACCAAAGAUGACCACAUCUGCACUUUGCUCACCCAAGUUUAAGAUGUUAAGAACCUUGGAUCUGAAGGAUGCACAUUUUGCAAUUAGACAAAAAGAUAUAGACAGCAUUGGAUUAUUGCGUCACUUGAAAUAUGUGAAUGCUCAGUAUGAUGGUGAAACAUAUUGUCAUUCAAAUAUUUAUAAAGUUCCAAGAUCUAUUGGAAAAUUACAGAGUCUACAAGUCUUAGACCUAAGAGGCAGUUGUAUUUCAGCACUACCAACUGAGAUCACUAAGCUCCAGAGUCUCCGUAGCCUCCGUUGUAGCAAACACACACAGUUUUCUGGUUUUGACCCCAGUGAGCCAUUGGAAUGUUUGGGAAACAUAUUGUGCAUGCCCAUAAUAUGCACACCUCUAUUUGAUUCUGAUGACCGCGAUGAAAUACUUGCUGAACUGCAUUGGGCCUUCUCUAGUCGUUUGUCUUAUAGACUUGGUGUGCGGGUGCCAAGAGGAAUCAGCAACUUAAAAGCUUUGCAGAUCCUAGAGUUUGUGGAUCUCAAAGGCACUAGGACAAAGGUAAUUGAAGAGUUGGGUGAACUAAGCCAGCUAAGAAAAUUAAGCGUGACAACAAGAGGGGCAGGAAAGGGAAAAUGCAAGACCUUUUGCAAAGCCCUUGAAAAGCUCACCUCUCUUCAGUCUGUCUACAUGGAUAGUGAUUGUGAUUAUGAUAGUGUUGGAACACUUAAGUGGCUAGAUUCUUCUCUCUCCCCCCCUCCGCUGCUAAGGAGCCUAACAUUGAUCGGAAAGAUGCGGAUGACACCGGCUUGGUUAGGGAAUCUGACAAAGUUGGUGAAGAUAUACUUAAAAUGGACCUACCUAAAUGACUUGGGAAUACUUGGGGCGCUGCCCAACCUUAUGCUCCUUCAGCUUAUUAAUAAAGCAUAUAGUGGGGAGAAACUAACAUUCAGAACUGGAGCAUUCCCAAGCCUCAAGAAACUUGUUAUUUUUCAAAGGUAUGAAUUGACAGAAAUGAGGUUUGAGGAUGGCACCUCACCCCACAUGGAAAGCAUACAAAUCGAUAUGUGCGAUCUAAAGAUAGGGAUUAUUGGUAUCAAGCACCUUCCAGGGCUCAAGGAGAUUUCACUUGGUGAGAGAUGUAAGGUGGCCGGACUUAAUAUGCUGCAAGCGGAAGUCAACCGACACUCCAAUAAGCCUGUGCUGCGACUGGAGAAGGACUGGAGCCACCAUGACCUGGGGGAUGUCGUCGGAUCCGGUGUUGAAGAAGCAACUGAACCUCAGUUUUUUGACGCCGAGGAGAGGUUCCAAGUGAUGGCAACGACCGACAACAGCGAAAUCCAACACAUUCCCAGUUGACGCUGCCUACUAGUGCGAGAUGCAUGACUCUACCUGAAACGGCCGUGCUCCUGGUCUCGAUCUCGACCGGCCACGCAAGAUCGCCACUACCUUCUUUACCAUGCUGGUAUUCUUCGGAAAUACUGCCUAGCUUGUGUGCUGCAUCGGAUCUCUGCUUACUGCUAGUGACAGCGGUAUCAGUGCAACCUGCAGCUGAAUCUGAAUUGGCUGUCUGAUUAUGAUGAUGCGUGUGUAGUGAAGUUUGGUUUUCAUUCUCUGGCUUAUAUGUAAUCCAUCAUUCUUGAUAUUGUGGUAUAUAUGCAGUAUAGUCCUGCUACUGCACUGCUGUAUUUGUGAACUGCAGUCUCCGAAAUUUGUCUCUGCGUCGUAA